UGAACUUGAGUGGCAUUUUAUUAUCGAAAUAUUCGCGGGCUCAAAUUCAAAAUGGCGUUCAAGCAGAGGUUGUCUGAGUUCAAGUCCGCUCUCGCUGCGAAAGAGAUUGAUCUUAAACAUCUCCGAAGACUUUGCUUUAGCGGAAUUCCUGAUGGAUCUGGAAUUCGAUCGGUGUGUUGGAAGCUCCUUUUAGGUUACCUUCCUCCGGAAAAGGAUCUCUGGCCUGAGACACUCAAAAGACAGAGAUCCACUUACAAACAGUUUGUUGAAGAAAUUAUCAUUGAACAAUGUAAAGGAACUAAGUCUGGAAAAGAUUCCAAGGAAUUUGAUGUUGAUCAUCCUUUGAAUCCAAAUCCUGACAGUCAGUGGCUUGCCUUUUUUAAAGACAAUGAAGUGCUAUUGCAAAUUGAUAAGGAUUGCAGGAGGCUGUGUCCAGAUAUUUCCUUUUUUCAAAUAGCAACAAAGUAUCCUAACAAGAAAGUCACAACUGGAGAAGACAGAGAUUUUGAAACCCUGAGGGAGCGUGUCUUGCGGACCCAUCUAGAGGCAUCUCAUGUUAAUACCAACAGAAGUGGACUCAAAAACUUAUCUGCACCAAGGAAAAUAGCCCCAGAGGAAUAUUUUGUUCUUGGAGAUGGAGAAGAAGCACAUUGGGAGGUUGUAGAGAGAAUAUUAUAUGUCUAUGCAAAACUUAAUCCUGGGUUGGGUUAUGUUCAGGGUAUGAAUGAAAUAAUUGGACCACUGUACUAUGUUUUCUGUUCUGAUCCCAACCCAGAAUGGCAAGAAAAUGUAGAAGCAGAUGCAUUCUUCUGCUUUACGAAUCUGAUGUCAGAGAUUCGAGAUAACUUUAUCAAGACUCUGGAUGAUUCAGCUUGUGGUAUAGGAAACUUGAUGAAAAGUGUUCGAAGCAUGUUGAAAGAGAGAGACAUCAUAUUGUACAGAUACCUGGAAGAGCAACAGAUGAGGCCACAGUUUUACAGCUUCAGGUGGUUAACAUUGCUGUUAUCUCAGGAAUUUGCCCUCCCAGAUGUCAUCAGGGUGUGGGAUUCUCUUUUUGCUGACGAGAAACGUUUUGAUUUCCUGAUUUAUGUGUGCUGUGCAAUGCACAUGGUGAUAAGGGAUCAACUUCUGGCUGGUGAUUUUGCUACAACUAUGAAACUUCUGCAGAAUUAUCCAGAUAUUGACAUUCACACAAUACUCUCCAAAGCAAUGGAUCUCAAACGUCCAAGAGUUACGCCACCCAGUCCUUCACAAACACAGCAAAGACAGAAGGGUGGAUUUCAGUUUAAGAAGAGAUGACAACUGUUUCUUCUGAAUAUGUCAGUCAAGUGUUGGAAGAAAUUAGCAUUUAAUAAUUAAUUUGUGAUUUUUAAAGAUGUUGAAAUACAGUCCAUCAGUGGUUUUUUUCAAGGGUUUCCUACAGUUGUCAAAUCAGUGGAAUCAAUUACCUUGUUGAUAAUUUUGUGGGUUUUUAAUUUUGCAAAUUUUGCAACUGAAAAAAAAUCACAAAAUUUAAAACUGGCAAACCAAAAUGAUCCCGAAAUUUAAUUUAAACCCGCAAAUUUUAAUCUCACAUAUAGACUUCAAAUUACAGAUAAAAAUGAUCAGCGUGUAAUAUAAGAAAAAAACAUAUAGGAUAGCUAUCAACAAAUACACAAGUUAUUAAGUUAGUUCUAUUUGUAUAUUCUGUUGUGAAGUGACAUUAAUUUGCAAAGAUUUUGCAUAUAAAGUAGAAAAUGUAGCCAUCAUUUUCAUUUGAAUGGCUAGAUUCUUACAAAUUCCUUAGAGUAUGUUUUAUGCAGUCAUCAAAAGUUGACAUUUUGAAAAAUUAAGAGGAGUUGAGAACCCUUGAGUCACAAAAUCUAAUGCCUUUUUUGUAUUUGCCCAUUUAAAUUCCACAAAAAAAAAACCCUGCACCAAAAUGCCAAAAUUAGGUUGCAGUUAGGUACGUGGAAUGUACAAUCAAUCAAUCAAUCAAUCAAUCAGAGAAUGUUGUUGUGAAUAUGCCUUUUAUAUGAGAACAGCUUGGGGAGGGUGAAGGGUGGGGAAUGUAGGCUCGUUUGAUUUUUAGACUUGUGGCAUGAUGAUCUACACCUUUUGAAUUCACCGUGGGGAAUAUUUAGUUACUUACUUUAAUAUGUUCUUACAUAUUUUUCAGAGAUCUUGGGCCACUAAGGUUGACAUAAGUAGUCCUUGAACUGGCUUCAACUCUGUUUUACACUCAAGCAAAAAUGAUAUUCUAAGUACCGGUACAUGGUAAAUCUGUUAAAGAUGGUGGGGUGGGGUGAGGGAGGUUGUUGGUACCUUGGAUGUGAUAACAUUUCUUUGAAGGAAAGUAAAAGUUAUCUUGUCAUUAACUUCAUGCUAGGGAACCUAUCCUUUCAAGCAUUUUAUUUUGAUCCCUUUUGUUUUUGUUUUUAUUUGUUAUUUUCUAAAAUAGGGUUGUUUUGGUGAGAUUAUCAUGUAUGAUGCAGUUGAGUAUCAGUCAAAUACUUUUCAAUAUGAUUUUAACAACAGGAUUAUGAUGAUCAUAAUUGUCCAGAAUUGAUUAGUACAAUUUGUAAUCAAAUCUUAGUAUUUUGGUGCAACAAUACUAAUAUUAUGACAUUCCAUCGCAUAGAAUUAUUUAAAUGUGUUGUUGGUAGAAAGGAUUUGGACUUUUCCAAGCAUAUUACAAAUUAAAAAAUGUUAUUUUGUUGUAAA